GGCGUCAGAGGGGGCGCAUAGUGGUUGUAGCGGAGCGGAGGGAGCCCUAACGGAGGAGCCGCUUUAUUAAAAACACGCAGCUGCGGCAACCGGGGAACCGGGGGAGGGUCUGCCGCUACCGGCCCGGCGACACGCUGCUCGGAGCCGCGGAGCUGCGCGGGUAGAGGCGCUGCAGACCGCUGGGUGGGCUCGGGCUCCGAAUCGGGAACAGGCGCGGGUGGAGGGGGAGGAGGAACAGCCAGCAGGCCGCUGCGACCCGCGGCCGGGGGGGAUGUGAUCCGGCCGGACAGCGCGGUGUCCCUCAGCUCGGCCUGCGGUUCGGCUUUUCUCCCGCACAGCUCGCACAAUGGGGCAGCAGGUAGGCCGCGUGGGGGACGGCGGCUCUCCGGCGCUCCAGAGCCCGCCGCAGCCUCAGCCCCAGCCCCACUCACAGCCACAGCUCCAGCCCCAGCUCCAGCAGCAGCAGCACCCGGGCAGAGCGGCCCGGACCAGCGGCGGUGGCGGAGGGAGGAGACCCAGGGACGCUGCCAGCGCUGCGGCUCCCGCAUGCAGGCUGACCGCUGCUGCUAACAUGCCGGACCCGGGGGUCAACGUGUUCACCCAGCAUUCAGAAGCUCUGCACAGGCCGUUUGGGCUGGACUCGGCUGCGCUGACGGAGGCGGUGCGCUGGAGCUCCAAGGAGAACCUGCUGGGCGCCGCCGAGAGCGACCCCAACCUCUUCGUCGCACUUUACGACUUUGUCGCCAGCGGUGACAACACGCUAAGCAUUACGAAAGGAGAGAAGCUGAGGGUUCUGGGAUAUAAUCAGAAUGGGGAGUGGAGCGAGGUGCGCUCGAAGAACGGUCAGGGCUGGGUUCCCAGUAACUACAUCACCCCGGUGAACAGCCUGGAGAAGCACAGCUGGUACCACGGCCCCGUGUCCCGCAGCGCCGCCGAGUACCUGCUCAGCAGCCUCAUCAACGGCAGCUUCCUGGUGCGCGAGAGCGAGAGCAGCCCCGGGCAGCUGUCCAUCUCCCUGCGCUACGAGGGGCGUGUCUACCACUACCGCAUCAACACCGCCUCCGACGGCAAAGUCUACGUAACAUCGGAGAGCAGGUUCAGCACAUUAGCCGAGCUGGUCCAUCAUCAUUCCACUGUUGCAGACGGUCUGGUGACCACGCUCCACUACCCCGCCCCAAAAUGCAACAAGCCCACCGUCUACGGCGUCUCCCCCAUCCACGACAAGUGGGAGAUGGAGCGCACGGACAUCACCAUGAAGCACAAGCUGGGAGGAGGCCAGUACGGCGAGGUCUACGUGGGCGUCUGGAAGAAGUACAACCUCACUGUAGCUGUUAAAACACUUAAGGAGGACACGAUGGAGGUGGAGGAGUUUCUGAAAGAGGCUGCAGUGAUGAAGGAGGUCAAACACCCGAACCUGGUGCAGCUGCUGGGUGUGUGUACCCUGGAGCCUCCGUUCUACAUCGUGACUGAGUACAUGCUUCACGGUAACCUGCUGGACUACCUGCGGGACUGUGAGCGGGAGGAGGUGAACGCUGUGGUGCUGCUCUACAUGGCUACUCAGAUCUCCUCUGCCAUGGAGUACCUGGAGAAGAAGAACUUCAUCCACAGGGAUCUGGCAGCGAGGAACUGUCUGGUUGGGGAGAAUCACGUGGUGAAGGUGGCAGAUUUCGGCCUGAGUCGGUUGAUGACUGGAGACAUAUAUAAAGCCCACGCUGGAGCCAAAUUCCCAAUCAAGUGGACUGCACCCGAGAGCCUGGCCUACAACACGUUCUCCAUCAAAUCAGACGUCUGGGCAUUUGGAGUGCUGCUAUGGGAGAUUGCGACGUACGGCAUGUCUCCCUACCCUGGUAUUGACCUGUCUCAGGUGUACGACCUGCUGGAGAAGGGCUACCGCAUGGAACAGCCAGAGGGAUGUCCACCUAAAGUCUACGAGCUCAUGAGAGCCUGCUGGCAGUGGAGUCCUCUGGACAGGCCUUCGUUUGCAGAGACACAUCAGGCCUUUGAGACCAUGUUCCAUGACUCCAGUAUAUCAGAAGAAGUGGCUGAGGAGCUGUGUAAGACUGCCUCCUCUGGUAAAGGAGGGGUGGUGCACGCUUUCGGGCACGAUCAGCCCCUCCUGCCCUGUAAGGCACGCCCACAGAAGAAGCACUCGGACAAUAAGGAGAACAUGGAAGGGCUGGAGGGCCCGCAGGAGCCUGGAGCCCACGGCCCUGCAGGUCUUGCUGCAUCUCUGCUGGCAGGAGACUGCCGUUCCAGCGGCUCUCCCGCUCUUCCCCGCAAACAGCGAGACAAAUCCCCCUCCAGUCUGCUCGAGGACCCGCUGGACGCUAGCUUUACCCGCGACCGCAAGGCCGGCUUCUUCAGCUCCUUCAUGAAGAAGAAGUCCAUGUCGUCGUCCUCGUCUUCGUCCUCGUCUCAGCCUCAGCACAAUCUCCCAGUGAGGAGCAACUCCUUCAGGGACAUGGAGACGGGUCCUCACAAGAAGUACGAGCCUGCGUCGAGCUUCGGUGGGCCUCAGACGGACAGCCUGAGCUUCUCCCCGUCUCACGGCGAGGGGAACCAUGUGCAGUCACGCUGCUGCGGUGCCACUUUUGGACAAAAACCUUCCGGGUCGAACUCCUCCGGAGGUGGUUCUUCACAGGUAGGCAGCAGCAGUAGUUGGGCGGGACUUGCAGGGUUUUUCACCCCUCGCCUUCUUAAAAAGACCUUAGGGAUUCGACCUGGGAAGCCCUCUGCCGCUGAUGAUUCUGGAGCUGGAGGUUCCAAGCCGUUCCCUCGCUCUAACUCUACGUCCUCCAUGUCUGCCGGCUUGCCUGAUCUGGAGCGAAUGGCCCUGACGUUGCCCAGGAACCGUAGCAAGCCGACGUUGGAACGAACAGCUUCCACUGCGUCGCAACCGGAGAACGGCGCGGCCAUCGGAUCGGCGCGGCCGUCGGAUGCUUUGCUCAAAAAGUUGGACGAGGGCACUGCUCAGAUUCGAGACAGGCCAAAAGCCAAGCUGCUGCCUCGAGGAGCAUCAGGAGGGGUUAGAGCUCCAGGGGUAGGAGGGGAGGCUGAUUCAGAUGACCGGCUUGGCUGGCCUUCACCUUCAAAGACGACCUCCUCGACAGGAUCCACAGGAGGGCCGCACAACCACAAAGUCCCAGUUCUGAUCUCGCCAACCUUGAAGCACAGUCCAGCCGAUGUGCAUCUGGUUGGGGUGGACUCUCAGGGCAAUCGUUUCAAGCUGCUGGCGGAUGGAAGCAGUGACCGCGACCGUCCUCGACUCGUCAAACCCAAGUGCGCACCGCCUCCUCCGCCUACGCUACUGCGCUCCCUACAGCACGCCUACAGCGCGGAUGGAGCCGAAGAAGCCGGUAGUGGUCUGGAAGUGAACGGAGAUGCCGUCAAAAGGUCCGGGAGAGGGAUGGGAGGAGCACGACCGUGCAUCCCACCACCGCAAGUGCCUCCAGUGCUCUCUGCCUCAACUGGAUCCGGCAGCACAACCACCUCGACCAAGAUGGCCAACGGUGCCUCCGGAGGUUCAAUCCCCACGUCCUCCUCCUCCAAGCUGACGCUCAGACGGACUCGGCAGCAGACGGAGCGUGUACCCUUGGAGAAAAUCAGCAAGGAGGCUCUGCUGGAGUGCGCCGAGGGCCUGAGCAACGCUCUCCACAGCAGCGCCGAACCCUCAACCAGCAGUCAGGUCUUGGACGCUGGUCACCAGUUGCUCGACUAUUGCUCGGGCUACGUAGACUGCAUCCCGCAGACGCGGAAUAAGUUCGCCUUCCGAGAGGCCGUGGGCAAGCUGGAACUGAGUCUACAGGAAUUGCGGGCUUCUUCUACCGCUGGGGGAGGAGGAGCAUCAGGAGGAGGAGGAGGGGGAGGUGUGGGUGGAGCUGGAACAAGCCCUGCCCUGGACAACUUGCACUCUUGUAUUAAAGAGAUCAGCGAUGUGGUGCAAAGGUAGCUGGUGGGUUCGCACCUCCAUCCUUUUCCCGUAAAACCUGCCCCUAAAAGACUUUUCCAAGGUUAUUUUUUAUUUUAAUUUUAUUUUAAAGUGUUGUUUCGUUCAAUAGAUUGGCGACAGAGAAAUAUUCUCUAAGAAGUACCUCAGUAAAAUCACUACAAACGGUCUCUUUCUCUCUCUCUUUCUCUCUCCCUCUCUUUGUUUACAGUUUAAUUUCUCAUUUCUCAUCGAAAUCGCCAGUUGGGAACAGUUGGGAACAGUUUUACACUUCUACGUAAGCUUUUUAUUACAGUAUACAGAGUACAGUACAAUACCCAGUACCUCUUUUGCCCAGGUUUAGCUACUUGCUUUGCGUAAAUUAAUUAAAAUGAAUUAAAAUUAAAGAGUAACAACUAAUUGAAACAAAACAAACAAAAAAAAAAUAGUGCCUACAUUUUCUCAAGUUUUCUUAACACACUUAAAAAAGCCAUUUGCUCACAAUAAAAAAACUAGAUAUUGUCCCAAUGUGUGGACCAAAAUAUACAGAUAAUAAACAGACAGAUCCACUCAGUAGAAGUAGAUCAGGCACCACAACUGAAUGCACCCACCACUCGGUUAACAAAUAAAAAAAUAUAUAUAUAAAUAAAAAAAAGAUUUUGCAUGCGCCAAGCCCUCAGUCACUAUUAAUUUCACCAUUGAUUCCACAGAGCCGUGUACAGAUGUUUUAGCACUCAUUCAAGAACUGGAACAGUGCCAUUUACCAAUGCUCAAAAGGUUUCUGCAUUCGUUCUUAAUUAAAUAAAAAAAAAAAGCCUUAAGGUAGAAUGGCCAAUUACAACUCGUUACUUCAUGUCUUGAUUAACACGAUUAAAUCUGGAUUAGAGACCCAAUCAGAUCAGAUAUAAAUGUAAAGGUGUAGACGCACCUGAAACAGAUGAAAAAAGGUGAUCUGAAACACAUUUGAGCCAUGAAGUCAUUUAUAAAAGACACAUUCUGCAUUAAACACUUUUUUAUAACCCUUUACAAUCACAGUACUGAUUGAUUGGAUUUAUAUCUGCUAUAAAUACUCAGUCUCAGACCACCUUUUGAAGUGGUUUGAUUGAACAGAUUUGUAUCUGUUUUAAGUGCUUCUCAGACCACCUUUUGAAGUGGUUUGAGGAAUAGAAGGUGGUCUGAGACAUACACAUCCGUUUGUGUUAUCAGAUUUGAAUCUGUUUUAAAUGUGUCUCAGACCAUCUCCUAAAGCGGUUUGACUGAAUGGAUUUGUAUGGUUUAAAUGCAUCUCAGACCACCUAUCUGUUUUAAGUCUGUCUCAGACCACCUCCUGGAGUGGUUUGAUUGAUAAAAUUAUUAUCUGUUUUAAAUGUGUCUCAGACCAUCUCCUGAAGUUGUUUGACUGACUGGAUUUGUAUGUUUAAAUGCAUCUCAGACCACCUAUCUGUUUUAAGUCUGUCUCAGACCACCUCCUGGAGUGGUUUGAUUGAUCAAAUUAUUAUCUGUUUUAAAUGUGUCUCAGACCACCUUUUAAAGUGGUUUGAAUUGUCGGAUUUGUAUCCGUUUUAAAUGCGUCUUAGACCACCUCCUGAAGUGGAUUGAUUGAUCAGAUUUAUAUCAGUUUUAAGUGCGUCUCAGACAACCUUCUGAAGGGGUUUGAUUGACAGGAUUUGUAUCUGUUUUAAAUGCGUCUCAGAGCAUCUCCUGAAGCGGUUUGACUGACUGGAUUUGUAUGUUUUAAAUGCCUCUCAGACCACCUAUCUGUUUUAAGUCUGUCUCAGACCACCUCCUAAAGUAGUUUGAUUGAUCCAAUUGGUAUCUGUUUCAAAUGCGUCUCAGACCACAUCCUGAAGUGGUUUGAUUGUUUGGAUUUUUAUCAGUUUUAAAUGCAUCUUGGGUGUAUUUACACUAUAGUUUUAUGAGGCUUGGCCCUUUCCCGAUAUAAUCCUGAUAUAUUAGACAAAUGAAGUGACCACAUGUCCUAUAAUGGCCGACUUUUCAGGCUUUUAGUGGAGAAUUUAAGAAGAAUUUCAGAAACCUAAUCAUUCUAGAUGUGUGGGAACACUGACCAGACAUUGUUCAAUAGGCACAACUUCUGUACAGAUACUUCACUCAAUACGCCAAACAAACUGUGAAUGGGGAGAAUAGAGGAGGAGGCAUUAUAGUGACAGUGCUCUUUAUUACUGCAUUUCAGCAAAUAAUCACAUUUUUAUUAGUUCGUUGUAGUACCUUUUUCACAGCAUUAGUCACUAAUUGACGUCCAUUACCGGGCACCUGGCAUUGAAAGUUGGCAAAUACAGGCUUUUAUUAUCUUUUAUUGGCAGUUUUUAAGUAUUCUGCGAACAGAAUUUUAUUAUAUGGGCUGAAAUUAAGAAAUAUUUUGUGACAUUAAUUUUGGCCAGAUCAUCCACCCUUAAAUACCGUAAUUAUGGCAAAAAUUGCCAAGAAAAUUACUGUAUUUUUCGGACUAUAAGACACACCAAAUUUUAAGGCUCAUUAAGCUACACUAGAAAGGAUGCCAACAUCAAAGUGAGCAAGGGUGUCGCCAUAUUACCCUUCUAAGUAAUCAAAACUGUAAUUCUUGAAAAAACAUUUUCUUUCAAAGUCAAACGAGUGCUGGAUGUUAAUCUACACAGAUUUCUCUUUUGAAAACUGUUUAUUUGGGUGACUAAAAUGCUUCCGUUUAUUUACAGUAAUUUUGUCUAAGGGUAAGUUAUCAGUGAAGUUUCUUCAGCACUAAGACUGGGUCCAGCAGCAUUAGCAUUAGCUGCUAACCGUAGCACUGGGGGAACAUAAAUGCGCUGGAAGAUAACCCUGAGUUCUCCGGUAACCCAGGGCACUAUCAGCUAGCUUGUUUUAACAUGGCAAAUACGCAGACUAUGGUCCUAUAUUCUCACUUUUAAAUGGAAAAAGUGAAAGAGCUAGCGCUUCGGUUAGCGGCUAAUGCUAAUGCUGCUGCACCUAGCCUUAGUGCUGGAGAAACUUCACUGAAAACUCACCCUUAUAAUGCAGUACUUCAGUGUAAAGAGUGGCUUUACUGCUCCUUAAUACCUGACUGGUAGAAUUCAUACAUAAGAAGCACCAGAUUAUAAAGCGCACUGUCGAUUUUGGGGAAAAUUAAAGGAUUUUAAGUGUGGAUUAUAGUCCGAAAAAUAAAGUAAAGUAAAUAUGAUCUGUAGUUUUACUUGUAUUCCCAGAUAUACGUAUACUGGAUUCAGCCCUUAAUAACAGCAUCUGAAUUUGCCUGAAUUUGUCUGGUUUUUGCUGGUGUUCGUUGGUGAAUGUUGGGUCAGCGAGGCCUGGGCUUAUUUUUAUUCACAGAUUCGUGUUUGUCCAGAUGGAACGCAGCCACAAUUACAAACACUGUGUAUUCCCACUGUGACUGGACACACACUGCAGAAUAACACGCAACACACAAUACUGCAAUACUGCUAGAUUAACACAAUAUUGCAAACUGCCAUCUCUAUAGCACAUUCAUUUCUACAUUUUAUUUUUUAUUUUUUUUUUUAUGUUUUCUUAUGUAAACUUGAAUUUUAAAUUAUUUUUUUAAUCAAAAGCACAUGAUUUUUUUUUUUAUGUUGUUGUAGAUAUAAUUGUGCAUUUGUUUCCUUGUCCACGCAAAAGAGCAUUGGAGGUUGAGUUGGUGUAGACACUGCAGUUUUCCAGUGGUGUAUUGGGUUAUUGGAUGUUUUGUUUCUAGCAGGAAAUGUCAGGAAUAAUAAUGAUGAUGAUGAUGAUGAUGAUGAUGACGAUGAAAUGAAAACCAAGAGGCUGCGUCCCAAUUGCGCAUUAAACACUAAUACUAUACAGUAUUUACUUUGUAUAUACUAAUCUUAAUAGGGCGUGGUUUGUCAGGUUAGUACACAAUUAAAUACAAUACAAAACAAAAUAAAGUAUGUACUUAAGAUACACAAGCUAUGUGGCGAUGUGGAAAAACGUCAAAAAAAAAAAAAAAACCCUUUAAGCACAUUUCGGCAAAUCCCACUUGUAAUGAAGCGUUAGUAUGCUAACAUAAUGGACAUUCUCUUGCACACUAUCGUUAUUAUUAUCUGCCAAUUUUUUUAUUCUGACAUUGUUUCAGUGUGAAAAUCUCAGUAAUUUAUUUUAAAAUAUGAAACUCAUAUAUUAUAUAGAUGUAUUACACAUAGAUUGAUCUAUUUUAAGCUUUUAUUUCUGUUAUUGUUGACUAUGGUUUACAGCCAAUAAAAACCCAAAAAUCAGUGUCUCAGAAAAUUAGAAUACAUCAAAUGAACUGCAUGUCUCACUUGCGUAAUAAUAACAUGAGAUAAUUUUUUUAGUAUAUAUAUAUAUAUUUGUGUGUUUGUUAGGGCACAUGACUUAAUAUUUUAAGAUUUAAGGUACGGUAACGCAAAAACCCAAAAGUCAGUAUCUGGGAAAAUUAUAGUAUUAUAUAAGACCGAUUGUUAACAUUGGCAGUGUGGGUAGUGUGCCAAGUCCUGCUGGAAAAUGAAAUCCACAUCUCUAUAAAAGUUGUCAGUAGCAGAGGGAAGAAGCAUGAAGUGCUGAAAGAUUUUGUGGGAAAACAAAACUGCACUGACUUUAGACUUGAUAAUAAAACACAGUGGAUCAACACCAGCAGAUGACAGACAUGACUCUCCAAACCAUCACUGAUAGAUAGAUAAAUAGAUCACUCUGUGUUUAAUAUAUCUGUAUAAUAUAUGAGUUUCACAUUUUGAACUGAAUUACUGAAAUAAAGUAACUUUUUAAUGAUAUUCAAAUUUGAUAUUCAAAGAUGCACCUGUAUUAACAGGCAUACAAUUGAAUGAAAAAAACAUUAAUCUGAAGGCUAAACACCCAACAGGCAGUUACAAAACUAUUAAUUAAAAUACUUAAAAUAAAAGAUGACUAAACAUUUUUAAUAUCCCAGAUAGUUGUAUUUUUAAUUGCAUCAUUAACAGCACCACUGUUUUGUAUAAAAAAAAAAUAUUUAGCAUUUUUGUGCCAUUUUAGAAUGAAUAAUUCCCAGCAAAAGUGCCAACUGAGCAUAUUACUGUUCAGUAUGAAUUAUUCAGACUUAUUUACUGCAUUUUUUAUUAUUCAAAAUCACUUUACACAGUGUUAGUAAUUAGUACGCAGUUGGGACGGACCCGGAUGGUUCCCAUCAGAACAAGAGCAUUUACAGAAAGAAUGUAUCGUUUAGAUAAAGACAAAAAAAAACCUCCUCUGCUUCACUUCCACCAUUUCUCUUUCUAAAUGCAUUAAUACUAUUCUAAUACUCCACGUUAUUUAAAGGACAGUAAUUCUCUAAACAGGGUGCAUUUCCUCUCUGCUCCUCUCUCUGGAUCUCCUCGUCUCACACAGUAUAGAAUAAUGUUUGUUUAAAUACGGCAAUAUUGUUCACAUGAUGAUUUUGAUGUACUUUUACACUGGAUGCCGAGUUAAAGCGUAGAUGUUGAUGGCCUUGCUUUAACUCCUCUAUGGGAUGUAAUGUGGAAAAUAUGGAAAUGUGUUCUUGUGUCUUUAUGGUUCAUCUCUGAGUUUCAGAUCCUCUGUAGCAGAACAAAAUGCUCAUUUUUACAACAUUUAUAUCACGUUACUGUGGAGCAGUUUGGGCUUUCGUCAGUUUUAAAGCCCAGGUUAAGAUUGGAUCAGCUGUUUUUUUUUUUUUUUUUUUUUUUUUGCCAUAUUACCAUUUUUCCCCCCAAGAUGUCACAGUGCCUUCUGUGAAAGAUUUCAUGGUUAAAUUACAAAAAUGUUUAAAAAAAUGUAUUGUGUCAGUAAUGAUGCAGAAGGGGGAGGGGGUUAUUUUGUCAGAUCUAAAGUAACGUUUAAGUCAUUGGGUAAUUUAGGGAUGCACUGAAAUGAACAUUUUUGGACGAUGGAACACUCGGCAUUAGACCAGACAAAAUUAAUAAUUUACGCAAAGAACGAAUGUAGAUAUAGAACAAAAUGAAUCAUUUGGCGGAAAACCAAAAACUAAACAAAAUUAACCGCUGGGCUGCAGAUCAAAUAUCAAACAAAAUGAAACAUCUGGCCAAAGACUGAAUACAGAACAAAAUGAAUCGUUUUGCAGAAGAAUGAAUGCUUAAAAAAAAUUGGGACAAAAUUAAACACCUGACCAACAUCUGAACACCAAACAAAACUAAACAUUUUUAAAGACAGAUAAAAAAAAUGCAACAUCUGGCCAAGGUCCUAAUAUGUAACAAAGUGAAACAUCUGGCCAAAGUCUGAAUACCAAACAAAAUAAAGUAUGUGGCUAAUGUCUGAAUACCAAAUAAAACUAAACAUUUUCUUUAAAAAACCCAUACAGAACAAAAUUAAACAUCUGGCCAAAGUCCGAGUAUAGAAGAAAGUGAAACAUCUGUCCAAAACAUGAAUACAAAACUAAACAUUUUGUUAAAGACUGAUAGCAAACAAAAUUAGACAUCUACCUAAAGUCUGAAUACCAAACAAAACUAAACAUUUGGUUAAAGACUGAUACAGAACAAAAUGAAACAUCUGGCCAAAAUGCAGAACAAAACUAAACUUUUGUGUAAAAAAAAAAAAAAGACAGAAAAAAAUAAAACCUCUGGUCAAAGUCUGAAUACAGAACAAAAUUUAACAUCUGGCCAACAUCUGAAUAUCAAAUGAAACUAAACAUUUGCUUAAAGACCCAUGCUGAACAAAAUGCAACAUUUGCCAUGGUCCAAAUAUGGAAGAAAGUGAAACAUCUGGCCAAAAUAUGAAUACAAAACGAAACAUUUUGUUCAAACACUGAACAAAAUGAAACAUCUGGUGAAAAACUGAAUGCUGAACAAAAUGAAACAUCUAGCCGAUGUCUGAAUGCAAAACUAAACAAAGCAUCUGGCCACCGUCAGAAUAUCAAACAAAACUAAACAUUUGGUUAAAGACCAAACACUGAACAAAAUAAAACGUCUGGUGAAAGACUGAAUGCUGAACAAAAUAAAACAUCUAGCCAAUGUCUGAAUGCAAAACUUAGUAAAGCAUCUGGCCAACGUCUGAAUAUGGAACAAAACCAAUCAUCUGGCUAAUGUCUGAUUACCAAACAAAAUUAAACAUUUGGCCAACAUCUGAAUAUCAAACGAAACUAAACAUUUGCUUAAAGACCCAUGCUGAACAAAAUGCAACAUCUCGCCAUGGUUCAAAUAUGGAAGAAAGUUAAACAUCUGGCCAACGUCUGAAUACCGAACAAAAUGAAACAUCUGGCCAAAAUGCAGAACAAAACUAAACUUUUGUUUGGAAAAAAAAAAUGAUACAGAAAAAAAAAAAAAACAUCUGGUCAAAGUCGGAAUGCGGAACAAAAUGAAACAUCUAGCCAAAGUUGGAACAAAAUUUGAAUGAAAAAAAAGCGUUUUUCUGUCAUUUUGCCACUGUUUUCACCAUUGUAAAAAUAAUUCGCUUAAACAUAUGUUUUGCUUUAUAAAGAAAAUCUAUUACUAAACUACAAUUUAAACAUAUUUAUUCAACACUGAAGAUUUUUAACAGCCCACACUUGGUUGUAAUAUUUUUUUUUUUUUUUCUUGGCCAAACCAAACUGCCAUUUGGUUGCCAAAUAUUCAGUGCAUUCCUAGUCCAACUUAAACUGAACAGAAAGAUGUGCAAUGUUUGACCUGUAUCUGAUAAAAUAUGGAUUGUUUGUAAGCUGAUGAUGGGGUUCACCUCAUUACCUCACUGAUGGAUUUUCAUUACAUAGAGAAGUGUAGAAGUGAUGUAUCUAAAUAUAAAAGGUAUGAACAUAAACAGAGGUCCUGAUGUAUAAAACAGCAGAUUUAAAGUACUGUAUUUACAGUGGUAUAAAUAGCUAUGGUGGAGAGAGGUUUAAAAAGCGUAAAUGGGCUUAUCCUGUUUUUGCAUGAUUUUGUUUAUAUAAUGAGCAUUUUUACACCAGUUGAGCCAUUGCUUAUUGCUUAUAGUGCCCCCGUUUAAUUUGACUGGUUAAAAUUUUCCAUAAAUGAUACGUAAUACCAUGUUAGCAUUACCAUUUGAGUGUACGUUUUUAGUUUUUAUUAAGUAUCAUAAUUACAGAUCAAUCAUAACAUUUAUACUCCUUGUGUCUACUGAUCAUAUACAGUGGGACAUGUUGUAGUUUGUAAUAUAAUAAUGUAGUUCUGUAUCUGUUUCUUUAUCAUUAUCCUUCUUUCUUCAGCCUGUUAUUCAACACUCUGAACCCCACAGGAGAGAAACCCACCACAGAGCGGCUACAGGCUGAAUUAUAUACUGUUUUUCGCUGAACUAAGAACUAAGAAAUUAGGGCUGCACGAUAUAUCAUUUAAGUAUAGUCAUUGUGAUGUGCGCAUGCCCAAUAAUCACAUCGCAGGACGUGUGAUGUCACUUAAGGCAAUUAAAUCAAACACGUCAUGUUGCAAUGUUUUGAUUCUUGACACAAGAAGUAGAUACACAGUGCUGUCUCUGUGUCUGUGUGAGUGACAGGCUGCUGCUGCCUGAGAAGCGCGAGGGGGAGGUGGAUUGCGAGGGCAGGGCAGGAGUAAACACGAGGUAACCGCAUGGCCUCCAUCUACAUGGUUGGGCACGUGCUUGCAAACGUCCAGCAGAGUCCAGCACAGUUUUGCAGCGCAGAUAUUUCCACUUACAGCUGAAUUCACACUUUUAAUCCCAGAAAAACAAACACUCUUGAUUACCUUUUAAAAAGCCAUUUAAAUGCCUGAUUAAAGGGCUGAUUACGGUUUUGCUGUUUUCCUCGGGUUUUGAGAGAUCGGUGCUGACUCGACUCUUGAUUGUCCAGGUGGGGGCGGGGCUGGUUUAGUCAUGGGCCCUGCAUUGUUAAGUAUUGCGAUAUAUAUCGUUAAAAAAAGAACAUUUGCAAUGUAAAAUGUUUCCAGUAUCGUGCAGCCCUACAAGAUAUCAUAUAAUACGGAAAAUUUACGGUAAACUAAUAUCGUACUAAUACGGGGGGAUGGCAGGAAAGAGGGGUAAAAUUCUGUAGUUUCCCAGCCAAAAACGGGAGACUUAACAGGUAUGCACUGAGGUGUUUAAGAACUCCAGCAGCACUGCUGCAGUAUCUGAUUCAUUCACUGUACCAGCACAACACAAACACCUCAUACACCACCACCAUGCUAAUCACUGCUAAUCACUGCAGUGCUGAGAAUAAAUGAUUCACCACCCAAAUAAUAAUAAUAUAUCUGAUCUGUGGUGGUUUUCUCUCCUGUGGGGUUCUGAGUAUUGAAGAACAGGGUAAAAGGAGGAGGAUAAUAAUAAAAUAUACAGAGAAACAGAUACAGAACCUACAGUCUAUAAUUAUUAUACAACUACAAAGUGCCCUACUGUAUACAUAUGCUUAGUGGAGCUGGAAAAAAAAAAGAAAAAAAGUGGUAUUAAUGUUAUGGCUGAUCUGUAUAUGUAUGAGUAUGUUUAUGAGCUGCAGAGAAAAAGAGAAUAUUAGUAAUUAAUAUCUAAUUUCAGUGAAAAAACAACUCAAACACCAUCUCUUCUCUCGUCACUUCUCUGCAUUUAAAGCCAUAUUAUUCCAGUCUGUUAUUACACAUGUUCAUCAAUCCAUACAGUAUAUAAUCCAACACUUCAUUUCAGUGCCAGAUUUCAUUCUGCAUUUUUUUGACACUGAUUUUUUAUUUCUUUUAAUUUAUUUUUCUUUUUUAAUUUAUGCGUUUUUUUUAUAUUGAAUCCUGGAAAUCACAAGUUCUUGAAGAUUGUCUUUUGUAUGGUGAUUUUUUUUUCUGUUUGUAUUUUGUUUUGUUUUAUUUUAUAUAAAUGUAGAUUUUAUAUACCAAAGGCCACCUCUGCAGUCCUACAAGUGCAAUGACAAGCGGAACACUCUUAAUUUUUGAAUAUGUGAAUUUUAACAGGGAUUUAAGAAAAAAAAGAUAAGAGGCAGAGGUCGACAAAUUAACAGUAUUUUUCUGUUAUGUAAAAAGUAUAUUUUGUGUGAUUCUAAUUUAAAGCUCACUUUUAAUAGUAUAUUACUGUGAAGUGCUCCCUCAGUGUUACACUUGAUGUAAAUAAUUAAAAUGGGUUGAAACUGA